UACGUGCAUUUCGCGCGCCGUUUCACCUGAAGGAGCACAAACUGUACGGUCAUAAUUGGUGCCUAUGUGACAUCAGAGGAGUUUACCCAUCGAUUGUGCUGUGGAAAAUUUCGCUGCCAAUUUUCACGAUUUUCUUGUUGAAAAUGAUGGUGCAUCAUGUGACAGGAUUCUCCAGAUUUCCAAGGUGAACCGCACAAGUCGGGGUUUUCCAGCACCGAGGGCUGUAUCAUCAUUCCGCGAAACUGGAGCUACAGAAUUCCAACCCCGGCCUGGUGCCGGGCCGGACUAAUGGCGUUAAGAAGAUGAAAAAGAGGAAGGAGCUAGACGCCCUCCUCAUGAACACCAUGAACGUUAAGAAGCUCGGCAAGGGUUCCGGCAGCGGUAAGGAGGGUCAUGAACUGCUGCGUAACGAGGACAGCUGGGACUCCAACUCCACGGAAAAUGACGAAUUCUUUUCACCACCGAGAAGGCUAACAAUAAGAAAACCUCCUAGAUGGCGUUUCUGUGCCACCAGUAUCCAGUUAUGCGUCUUUGUUGUCAUGGUGGCUUGUAUUGUCGUCACCGGCGGUCUGGUCUGGAUGCAUCUUGAUCUCAAGCAAGACUUAGACAAGUUGAGAUUGCGAAUCGCAAAAGUGGAAUCUGAAUUGGACACCUCGAAGGACCUAGCAUCGACAGUAAGCACGCUACAAUCGAAGAUAGAACAGUUACAAAGACUCCCAGUGCAGAUAAGCAGUAUUACUAAUCAGAUUGGUUACCUGAAUUUAACGUAUAGCCAGCUCCAGGCCAAAUUGAAAGCAGUCAAGAACGAGAUCGAUAAUCAACCCGCUGUCGGUAGUGAGAGCUUACAAGCCUUACAACAGUCAACAGCACAGAUCGGCAGUACGUUACAGGGAGUACAGAGCCUACAGACCCAACACACAGGGCAGAUAGACACACUCACCACUUCCCUUCAACAGCUGCAGACAAGCCUCACAGAUCUGCAAGGCAAUGUGGGCAAGUUGCAGCAAGCACCUUCAGUGCCUACGCCCGAACCCAACGAUCCCGCUUCUGGCACCAAUAAUCCUAGUAGACUCUCAAAUAUUGAAACAGCAGUCCAGUCACUACAACAGGAACAAGAGGCAACGUUUUCUGUCGUCACAAAGCUUAACAGCACACUGGUUUCUGUUGGACAUUGGAAGCAAGCCCUUAUGCCGCGGAUAGUAGCUCUAGAAUCAACGCCUCGCACCAGUGAUCCGUCCGACAGUGCCUUGGCCGAAAAAGUAGACCAACUACAGUCACAAGUUAACACUUUGAUGAGCAGCGUUCAAAGUCAGGCGCAUGAUCCAGAGACGGGGCAACAGACACCAAAUCCCAUAGAAAGUGACACACCGACAGACUGGAGACAUGACAUCGAAUCCGAGAUCCAAGCAAUACAGAAACGAUUAGACCAGCUCAAUCCACAAGAUCUCAACAACAAUCUCCUGAACCCCAACACGACCCGUGGCAUUCAGCAUCAGAUAGAGCAGUCGCUGUCCAUCUUCAAGAAAGAAAACUUGAAAUCGGUGGACGACCUGAAACAGGACAAUCAGGCCAUCUGGGGCAGGGUGUAUCAACAGCACAGCGAUAUUGCUGAACUGCAGAAGGAGGUCGAUGCCUUGAAAGUCAGGGUACAAGACCUGGAGAAUGAGACAGGACAUGUGCCAACUGCUUUCCACUUGACAGACACCACCACAUCAGAGUCGUCCACGCAAAUGACCAGCGAUUUACAGCGGCCGGUCAGAAUACCUGAGAUAUCGAAAGCAGAAGAUGUAGAAAUGAAUUUUUUUCGCAUGGAUGAAAACAACGACGAUUUCUUGACUUACUCCGAGCUAAGUGAUUUCCUUGGACCCGCCACACCUCCAGAAGACCAGCUGAUGAAGUUUGACAAGAACCAGGACGAUAAGCUGGAUCUAGCUGAAUUUAGGACGGCCCUAGGAUUCCCCGAAGAAUAAUUGGUGCUUGCUGGUAGAUAAAAUAAUUUUCAGUUUAGUAGUAAUUUAUUUACAUAUGGACAGGGGACUCAAGAUGCUCAGACCAGCUUUUCUUGAAAGGAGCAAAGCAUUUCCAAAGAUGGACAACUGCAGAUGUUGGCUUUUUGGAAGAAGAAAGGAUGCAGUUCGGUGUUCAAGGAUUGGAGAAACAAAACAGGAUUAGUUUUGAUUUUUAGGCACAAUUUAAGAAAAGGACUUGUGCUAAUGUCCCAACUGAAGGAUUUAAAAAGGAAGUUGAGAAGUCAAUAGAUUGUUUGGCGUUAUAGAACAAUCUCUACUAGAUUUUGCUUCAGACUAGUUGAAAAAUUAGAUUUUUUGGGAAGUGGCCGAUUUCAGGAAGUUGCAAGGUCAGCAACUUUGCUGGAAGAAAAAACUUUCUCGGACGACUUAAUCCCAGUGGUAUCCAAUGUCUAUUGACUUGUCAAUAGGCUGUAGUAAAAUCGAUCGAUACUUUGCUCAGAAUGGUCUCUGCAGAUUCAAUGGUAAACGUGUGGAGUGAUCCUCGGUUUUCCGUUCUUUGAGUUUCACUUUUGAUGUUAGGUUGAUCGUGUUCCAUUUGUUGGAAUAAAAUUUUAGACAUAUAUUAGCUUGAAAUUUCGUCUUGCUCAGAGAAAAAAGAGCUCACCCCAAAUUUAGAAUUGCUUUCUGGAAUUUGUCAUGAUGCAAUUUAGAGUACGUCUUCCUUUGGGUCUUUUGUUUGCAUCAAACCAGAAAAUGCCAGUUUAGAAAGUAGGCAAUAAAUU